UGCAAUAAAUAAAUAAAAGAUGAAAAAGAAGAGAGAGAAGGAACGGCCAUCUCACGCCGAUAACAUACAUACUGCGAUUAGAUAGUAGUACGAAAAUAUUUAUCUAUUCUGUCUUGUUCUGUGUAUUACAUACCAUAUAGUAUAUAGCCAUAGCCGGAUCUUUUUUGUCUUCUUUAUGGUAGCGAGUAGUGAGGGAGAGAAGAGGAGGCGAUGGAUAAUAGCAAUGACAAGUAAAUAUCUAAUUUCAAUUUUACUGGGUUUAUUUGGAAAUGCAGUUUCUUUUUUCUAUUUUUUGUUGGGACUAAAAUGAUGAUGAGGGAUGUGGGCUCUGAAUGUACUGUGGCAACGGGGAACAUUGGGGUUGGCAACGUGAUGAGCACUGUCUUCAAAAAAUUUUCAAUGGUGACAUAUCUCAAUGUUUAUGGGAUGAAGUGACUCCGAACGGAGAAGAUCUUUCCUACAUGCUUGAUGAGACAACUCCGGUUAAGGCUUGUGGGGAUUUGGCUUGCCAUGUUGAUCAUGAUGAGUGGAUUUUAGCUAACGUGAACAAGGAACAUGAAGAAUGGAGGGGGACUUGCUUGCAAUUAAAAAGGCGUCGGCUACAGUUUGACACUCAAUUAGAAGAUUCCCCCCUUUGUGAUGAAGAAAUAACUCCUAUAUUCUUAAAAUCAAAUGAGACAAAAGAGUCACUUGAAGAAGUUUUCCCACAGGCAUCACAGUGGGAUUCUGGUUAUCAAGAUAUUUCUGCCUCCAGUUACAAUGGCCUGGAUCAGUCAUCUGAGCGGUGGAUCACAGACUGUUUUAAUGACUCGGAGAUGCAUUUUAGUCCCAAUGAUAUGAAUCUCCCUGGAGCAUCUGAUAUUCAAAUUGAUAUUUCAGAUUUCUGCAAUGACCCUCCUCAGUUUGAAGCUAAUGUGGUUCAGAAGUGUAUUACUCCGACACCUCGAAAUGUUGUUUUUAAAGGUAUGAAGUCCUUCAUCCAGGCACCCACUAAGUUAGCUAUUCCUGUUGCCUAUCCAUUUGCUUUUAUCAAACCUUGUGGGGUUCACGGAGAUGUUACUUUGAAUGAAAUAAACCAGCGGAUCCACACUCCACUAUCGAAAGCAAAGUUAAGGGAUGAAGAACCUGUCGUUUACCCCAUGUCCGCUUUUUCCGGGAAGCCUGUUGUUGGCAAAACUAAAAUUCACACAGAAGGUAGGAAAGGAAGCAUCACAAUUACGAGAACUAAAGGCUAAUAUGAUAAGUGUCUUCCCAAGUUGCAGCCCGAGUCCCCUUUGCUCUACGGUUGAGUUUUUGGCUAUGUUUCAAGUACAGAAGUUCGUAGUGCUUUAUUUUUUUGUUCAUACUGUUCUUGGAAUUCAUAUAUCACCUCAUAGUGUUUAUGCUUCCAGAUAGCAUUUUAGGUUUCUAUGGCAGUUGUUCUAUACAUAGUUGCUUGGUUAUUUCGACAAGUAAAAACUCCAUGUGCUUUUGGCUUCAGAAAUACCCUGUAAGUGCUUUCACUAGAAUCCUUUCGAUGUGCAAAGCUUUUGUACUGGACAUGCGCAUCAAGAACUGGAAGCUGUAUUUAACAUUGAGUGGAUGCAGCACUUGUCUGAUUUUGGUUGAAGCCUGGAUGCAUUGUUCACA